AAACAUGACCUAUAAUCGACCAGACAAUUUGCGUUCAAUACUAGACAUGCCAGGCAUACAAGGCAAGUUUUAGUAAUGAGUAUAAGUGUAAUGACGGAUUUAGUGGUUGAUCCCAAUAUUAGAGGAUGGGUGUUUUUACCCAUCAUAGUGAUAACAUUUCUGGUCGGUAUAUUUAGACAUUAUGUUUCUAUUUUGUUAUCCUCACAGAAAAAGGUUGAAAUCCAGCAACUUCAAGAUAGUCAAAUUAUUCUAAGAUCCAGAAUACUUAGGGAAAAUGCAAAGUAUAUACCCAGGUCAUCAUUCAAUAUGCGUAGGCAGUUCUUCAAUAACCAGGAGACUGGGUACUUAACACAAAAAAGAGAGCACACUGCUCCAACAAUGAUGACCGAUCCAAAUAUGAUGACAGAUAUGUUAAAGGGAAAUAUUACAAAUGUAAUUCCUAUGUUCAUAAUUGGUGGCUGGAUUAACUGGAUGUUCUCUGGCUUCAUAACAACCAAAGUACCUUUUCCAUUAACUCUUCGUUUUAAACCUAUGCUGCAAAGAGGCAUUGAGCUUUCUCAUCUGGACGCCUCAUGGGUAUCAUCUGCAUCUUGGUAUUUCUUGAACGUUUUUGGUUUGAGAAGUAUUUAUGCACUAGUCCUAGGAGAAAAUAAUGCUGCUGAUCAAAGCAAACAAAUGCAAGACCAAAUGUCUGGAGCAGCAAUGGCUAUGCCACCAGAUCCAAAAGUUGCAUUUAAAGCUGAAUGGGAGGCCUUAGAAAUUGUUGAUCACCAAUGGAUCUUGCAGGAUAUAGAUAAUUCGUUGGUAGAUCAAUGAAACAUACAAUGCGCAAUUCAAAUGUAUUGCCAAAAAAAAAUAUGUAUUCAUUUAAAUGUGAAUAGUUGAUAAUCGUCAACCGUUAUAAAUAGAAUCAAUAAUCAACUUAUGUCGCAAAAUAGAAUAAUUUCAAUAAACAGUUCACCUAAUUUUCUAAUGGA